GUGCCUUCGCCUUCCACUAACGACGAAAGGCAAAUCAAGUAGCGCCGUUUAACAACAACAAUAAAGAUUUUGCAGGAAAUUGGUCACCAGUAGGGCUGUAGAAGAAGAAUCAGAUGGCCAGAUGAACUACACAUGUAACAAUGACAGUAGUAGAAGUAAGCCGAACCACCAACCUCAUCACCAGCCUUAUUUUGGUUGUAAUGUGCUUCUCUCCAGUUACAGAUGCUUCCAAUAACGCCACUGGAUCAUGGGUGGACAUUUUUAACACUUUCAAAAAAUGGAAUGGAACUUACAAAUAUAGCUUCCACAUUUAUCCAUUUAGCAUUUCCGUGAAUUCAGCCCACAUAGAUACCGGAAUAUACGCAACUUUUUCGGAUGCUGAUGCAACAUUUGAUAUCUCUGGUUAUCCAUACAGCAGUGCUGAUUCACGGAUCAGGAUAAUUUUUACCAUGACCAAGCUUUUGAAAUCCAGUCCCCGUUUUAGUCCCAAAGAUGAAUUCCAAAUAGCUGGCUACCUGAACAGAAAACCUGGGUUUGAUGGUUGGAUGUUUCAAGGCAAUGCUACAAAGCCUGACCUAAACUUUUUCCAGGGAUUCAACUUCUCAGCUGAUAAUGGAAAGGUAACUCCUGCUUCUCCAUACCCCCCAGGAAAUGAAUCUCUGCGUGUCGGUCUCACCAUCGGAGUUAGUCUCGUGUGUGCUCUGAUAGGUGUCGCAGCCAUGGUGGCCAUCACAGUGUGGGCGAUACGCAAGGGAUAUCUACGACAUGUGCCUACCAGUUACGAAAAUUUCAAAAAUCCAAGACCAGCAUACAGGGCUAAAGAUGAUAGUUUGCAUAUUUAAUUCAUUUCCAUCGGUUUAAAUUUUAUGGGGUUAUGUAUGUCUUGAAAGACACUUUCUUCAAUAUCAUAUUUGAUGAUAUUUUUCAAGAAAUUUAAACUGUUUUAAAUAUAUGUAGAUAAAUUUUACUUGGAAUGUUGAAUAAUGUUAGAUUUUAGCCAGGAAAACAUAAUCUGCUGAUAUUGUAUAUUCUUCUUCACGGGCAGCUGAAGUGCCAUAUUUGAUUUUCAAUAAGUAAAGGUGGUCACUACUUGAUUACCUCCCUUCCCUAUGAAACUCUUUCAAGAAGGAAAUAUUUCAUUGACAUUGUCAGAAAGUGUCUUUACAUAUAUAUGAUGAACGGUCAACAUUUGUAAUAUGGGUUGAAUUUAAUGAUGCAUCUUACUCUUAGUGGUGUGAGAGUUUUGCGCAUUAUAAUGUAUCCCAUUUUAAAACUGGUUGCAACACAGACAGUCUGAGGUGUAAAUGUAUUAUCAAAAUCUUUUUCAUUUUUUUUCUUUCUUAAUUAUUACAUGUUCACGUAUUGUAAAUUAAUUUUCAUACUUGUAGUCGUUAUAACAUUUAAUACCCUUUAAAUUUUUACUAUUUAUUUAAAAGUGAUUUGUCAAACAAAGCUGUUGGCUUUUGAAUUCUCAGUAUAGAAAGAUAACCUAGAUGAGAUAUAAAGAUUCUGUAUCAAACACAUCUAAUUUUUAUGCUGGAAAGGUUCAUUACUUAGUAACCUCCCUUUUUUUUUUAAAGUUAUUUAUUUCUUUAGAAGUUUAUAUUUAUGUCUCUGAAUCUACUUCUUUGUUUGCCUGAGUUAGUCUAUUCAGACAGUAGAGUUGUUAGUCUAUUCAGACAGUAGAGUUUUUCAUCAGUUCAUAGAAAAUAUUGGUGAAUUUACUGUCCUUCCUUCCCCAAUAUAAUAUGUCAGAAUUCCAUGGUUGUUUUUUUUUAACAUAAACUGAAUCACUUUAUCAUAAAUAUUCUAUUAAAUAUUUCUCUUUUUGUCAAUCUUUUUUUUUACAUUGUAAUAUUUUUGACAAAACAUUUAUUCUAUACAUACAAUGCAUUUGCCUUUUGAUCGUUUACAAAUUCUGUAUGUUUAUCAUGCAGAUUUGAAUUUAAACUUACAUUCCUGUUAUAUGUAAUCUCCUAUAUUCUGUCUACUAAGACAGUUUGAUGAUUUAAUUCUCAAGCUUAACUCAUUCACCACCCCUGAAGACACAUUUUAACUCUUCCAAUUCAAAGGUUGGAAUAGUUCAUUAUGAAACUUCAGGGGUUAAUGAGUUAAGGAUUUAUUCUGGCUUUAAAAAGAUGAUAGCUAAAUUUGGCUGUAUUCAAAAUAUUUAGAAAUACGUUAGAACCAGUCUAUAGGAAAUUAAAAUAAAACAACAAUGGAUUUCACCAUUUGAACUUAAUUAUUUAGGGUCAAACUAUUUAUGGCUCAUAAGAAAUAAAUGAUCCUUCAAUUUCAAUAUUGACAAAAGUAAAAGUGAAAUAAUGAUUAAAACUGAAAGAGAUGUACUGUUUUGAAAUUAUAGGGGUCAAAAGCUCCAUGGCCCACAGAUAAAAUGAUUUCUAAAUGGUAUUAUUUAUGAAAGGAGAGGUAAAAUUUAUAGAAAAAAAAUGUUUUAUCAUAUACAUUGCCUUCAUUGUUUCUAUCAUACAUAUCAAAAAUGAAUUUAUCCAGAAUUGUGUUGUUUUAGUGUAAAUAUACAUCUGACGAUUAUACAUAUCAUUCCACUGUUUACACUUGUUAAUUAUAAAUAUUCAAAUGUGAGUUUUUUGACUGAUGAAUUUUGUAUCAUUUUUUCGUAUAUUUCUUUUGACUAGUUAGUAGUUUGGAUUUUGAUCCUAUGACAAUCUAUACAAAAUAUUCAAGACUUGAGAAAGGGAUAUCAGAAAAGUUCAGUUUGGAUUAUCGAUCUUUGGAAUUCCAGGGGUUACGCUCACUUAUGUUCUCUGCAACCUUAGAAUAUGUUAUAACAAAAUCACAUGCAGUCCGUUAGACAGCUUGAUUUGUUUCAGGUAAAAAGAAUACCUGACCAAUCACUAGGUUGAUACCUUCCCUUUGAAGAUUAUAGAGAAACAACACCCAGCUUCAAAGCCUGUACAUUUUACUGUUAUACUUUUAAGCUAUCAAACUAUUUUACGUAAUGGGUGGUGGGGUGGCGCAGUGGAUAAUGCCCUCAACUUUCACCAAGGCGGCUGUGGUUUGAUUCUCCGAUCAGAUGUGUAAAGGUUUGGGGUCACCUGCUCGACCACGUGGGUUUUCUCCGGGUACUCUGGUUUCCACCUACAAUAAGACCCCGCGCGCUUAAAAUGAUAAAUCCAGGCCAACAAGAGUAAUGUAUAUAAGUUGUUAUAAGUUGUUUCAAAAUUGUUGUAAAAUAAAUAAGGUUUAUACAUCAUUCUACUUGCAUCACACAUAAGGGGGCGCACUCAGACCAUCUGCUUACACUCAGGCCCUCUGAUUUCAUUAUGUCAUGACACAAGAGUGGAAUUUCUGGAAUUUCAAGGAUGGGAAAACUUGAACUUUUGAAAGUGUUGAUUGGUUGACAAUGAUUCUUGUUUUAUGUAACUUUGAUGUGUGGAGAUUUUUCUUUUUACUUUCUUUUUAGCUCAGGAAAUUAUAUUUUUUGAAUCUCAUGUCUUUAUAAGGACUGGCUAUUUCAUUUUGUUUUAUGGAAAAAAAUUGAUAGAAUAAUGUGUUGAAUACCAAAUCAUUAUCAUCAGUAAUCUAUCAGCUCAUUCACCCCUACAUAUCUAAACUGGACUUGCCCAGUAAUUGAUUUGGUAAGGUUCAAAUGUGACUUUAGGGGUGAAAGGGUUAAGGUAAAGGGUACCAUUACAUCAGUUAUAACCACAAAGAAGAGUUCCAUUCGUAGUUUUUACAGAGUAAUCUCCCUUCUAUAUAGAGGAUGAAGCAACCAAAUGGAGUUUCUGUCUUGCCGCCAUGAAGUAGCGGAAGCGAGACUUAGGUGUUGCUUUUUCUCUCCACGGCAGCGUCAACAUUAAAUUUUUGCCCUUAACUUAGUUUCACUUAAAGUAUCAGUGCUAGACCAACCAAACUUGCACCAUAGAUGCAUCUUAGGUAGCACAUCUCAACUCAUACAUCAAAUGCUGGAUGCGGCCUUCCUGUCAUUGUCCAUUGAAUUAGUCAGCAUCUCCAUCAACAUUAAGUUUUUGUGUUUAAGUUAGUUUCUCUGAUAUGUGAACUGAUGGUCAAAGCGGGGCACAGAAGAGACAUACCAAUCUGAAUGGCUUGUUUUUUUUCAUAGGCUUUGCAGCGCAUCAUCAAUUUGACACUUAUUUUGGUGCAAUGCAUUUAUAAUCCCAGGGUGACAACGCUGUCAAUGAGUAGACUUUGUAAUGUAAAAGUCUGGAGUUCAAUACUUCAACUUUCAUAUAUUUUCUUUUCUUUUUCUUUUGUUAAUUGUAUUUUAAACUUUCAAACAUUCAAAUUUUGAAAGUAACUAUAAUUCCUUGAAAUGCAUUGCUACGUGUGAUUUUUAUGGAAUACCUCUUUUGAGAAGGACUUAUAAUAUUUCACAGUAUUGACAGUAUUAAUAUUAUAGGUCAAUAUUUUGUUACCCCUUUACCUUAAGCAUUAACUCAUUCACCCCUGAAUUUUCAUAAUGAACUAUUCCAUUCUUUGAAUUAGAAUAGUUCAAAUGUGUCUUCAGGGGUAAAUGAGUUAAGCUGGCAUAGCUUAUCUGCUGUCUAUUUCUGACUUUCUUAUUAAAGUAAAGCAGAUGUUAUUUGACAUUUUAACAUGUCUAGCAUAUCAUUAUUAGCAUUGAAUAGGCAUGGUAUAAUAUCAUAUGAUUUUUUUGUGCCAUUUUUUCAUGUUUAUUUCUCUUGUUGAAAUAUAAGUGUUAUGUUUUAGUGUGACAUUCUUAAGUAAAACAUAUUUAUAGAUAAUUAUUCUAAUAAAUCAGUUUCAGGAGAAAAGUAUUCAGAAAAAUAAUUGAUGAUUGAGUUCCGAUGACUCCUUUAUUCUCAUGAAAUCAUUUUAAUUUUAAAAGUUUUUGUUGUAUAAUCCUGAAGAACAUUGUAUGUCUGGGUCUGUAUUCAUAAACAUUAUCCUUGUGCUCAAUCUCAGAUUCUGCACCCAAGUGUAACUCCCGAUUUAAUAGAAAAUGUAAUUUUCAAAAUAACUUGAUGAUUAAAUUACAAGAUAAAUAGGUUGAGCUCACAUAACUUAAGGGUGAGAAUCAGAACAGUUUUAUGAAAACUUCUAGAAAAUACGUUUAUUUACCAGCCAUAUUCAUUCAGUGAAUUACUGUUAAGGCUGUAUGCUACCUUCCUAUGAUAUGCUUAUCCUAUGUAAAAGAGUUGUGAACCUACAAAACAUACAUAUCUUUUUUGAAUUGUAAUUUGAAUUAAUUAAUUGAUAACAAGAUUGAAAAAUACAAGAAUUAUAUGUUGAUAAGGCUAAGACAGCUGUUAUUUGUAAGGGAGAUAACUAUCUUACAAAGUUAUGUAUAUAAAAGGUAGCAUGCACCUUUAAGUAAUGAUUUUCAUUUUUUUCCUGAUUUUUGUUUUCUAGACAAUUGUCUGUAGUUGUAAAGUUAAACUUAAUCUAGAAACAUUGAAAUCAUUUUAAGAACGUUUAUCUAUUUAUUGUAUGAAUGUCUUAUUUUGUGAAUUUCUAUGGAGAAUAUGUGCAUAAUGAAAUAUUGCAAGGUGUUCUUUCUCAAGCUCAAACUCAUUUAGGUAUUUGCUCAUUUUCUCUUGUUUUGCCAUUGCUAGAUAGUUGCUGAAUCUUCAUAAUAUUUGUUUUUUUGCAUUUGGGUUUAGCAAAAUCAAAAAAUAUUGUUUCAGGAUACAUAUGUACAUGUUUUUUCUUAAACUAUAAAAUUAGCAAAUAAGAGCUAUUUCUUUGAAAAAUGCAAAUUAAUAUAUUGUAAAGGGAGAAUUCCUAUAUUUAUAUCAUCACAGUUAUCGAAAAAUAUUAUGGUUUGCAAACAAAAUUGUCUUAAAACAAUCAAGUUGGAAAAUCUUAAAAAGAAUAUUCCAAAUCCCAACUUGUUGCUUGAUUGUAGAAUAUAACAAAAAAAAA